AUGACUUAGGAAACUUUGAGAUAGUUGGCUAGAUAACUCAAUAAAAACAAGUUUCUUAUUGCAAAACCUGCCACAGAUGUAUUCUAAUGUGUUUAGGCUUUUAUAUUGUUGGUUAAAGGAGUAAAAAUAUAGGAUUGGCUUCUGGCUUAAUUAUUGAUGAGCUGUAGCUUACCCUAGAUGGUGGAGACUAUUAUUGAAAAGAAGAUUGAUUAUGCAAAUGUUAUUUUGUGCAAAAAGCUUUAUCAAUUAAUACCUCAAUAGCAAAAUUCUUUAGGGAAACUUAUAUACUAAUUAAUAAGUUAAAGUUUAAAUUUUUUGGAAGGUGAAAGAGGCAAGUCUUAGAGAAGCAAAAGCACUAUUCUAAGGCACGAACCAAGCGUUUUAUGGUAAUAGCAUUAAUAAAAUAAUUUCAUUUUAAAAUAAGAAUGCUACUAAUCAAAGGUAAAAAUCAUAAAGAAUUAAAAAAUUAAGGAGGAAGAUGAAAAGAAAUUUGAAUUAUUAAAAGAAAAAAUGAAAAAAAUUAAUAAAAAUAGUUAUUUUAUAUCUCCUAGAAAAAUAUAAUUUGAAUAAUAGGAAAAGAUAAUUCUCAGCAAUAAUAAUUCAGAAAGACAACUUAUCCAUAACAAGUAAAUGAGAUCCCUAAGAUCUUUCAGAUCUUCAUUUUACGAUUGA